AUGAGUUUUCGGUUUUUAAACCUGGUUCGACCCUUUAUGGGGGUCCUGCCAGAAGUGGCAUCCCCGGAUCGAAAAAUCCCGUUUAACCAAAAGGUCUUAUGGACAGCGAUCACCCUUUUGAUCUUCUUGAUUUGUUCGCAAAUCCCACUCUAUGGAAUCGUCUCCUCCGAUUCCUCAGAUCCACUAUACUGGAUGCGUGUUAUCCUUGCCUCGAAUCGUGGAACGUUGAUGGAACUUGGAAUCUCGCCGAUCGUGACCAGUGGAAUGAUCAUGCAAUUGUUGGCCGGUGCCCAGUUGGUUGAAGUCGAUUUUACUCUCAAAGAGGACCGGGCUCUCUUUGGCGGAGCCCAGAAACUUUUCGCGCUCUUGAUUUCGUUUGGACAAGCUACCGUUUACGUCUUGACUGGUUUAUAUGGACAGCCCAAAGACUUGGGAGCCGGUGUCUGUUUACUACUGAUCCUUCAAUUAGUCGUUGCCGGUUUGAUUGUGAUCUUAUUGGACGAAUUACUUCAAAAAGGAUACGGACUUGGCUCGGGGAUCUCGCUCUUUAUCGCCACCAACAUUUGUGAAUCGAUCAUCUGGAAAGCCUUUUCACCUACGACGAUCAACACCGGACGUGGUCCUGAGUUUGAGGGCGCCUUGAUUGCCUUGUUCCAUCUGUUGUUCACCUGGAACGACAAGACCCGAGCAUUGAAGGAAGCUUUCUACAGAGAUCGAUUGCCGAACGUGAUGAACUUGAUUGCUACCCUGGUUGUCUUCGCGGCCGUCAUCUACCUCCAAGGUUUCCGAGUCGAGAUCCCGGUCAAAUCCAACCGAUUCCGUGGCCAACGUGGUACCUUCCCCGUCAAGCUCUUCUACACUUCCAACAUGCCGAUCAUGCUUGAAUCCGCCCUCACCUCAAAUGUGUUCAUCGUCUCGCAAAUGUUAUUCAGCAGAUUUCCUGAUAACAUCUUGGUCAAAUUGCUUGGAGUCUGGGAGCCACUCGAGAACUCGUCUCAGCUGUUCGCCAAGUCUGGAUUCGCUUACUACAUCUCGCCACCUCACAACAUCCGCCACGUCUUCUCGGAUCCGAUCCACACCCUAUUGUAUGUCUCCUUCAUGUUGACGGCCUGUGCAUUGUUCUCCAAGACUUGGAUCGAGGUCUCCGGUUCCGGGCCAAGAGAGGUUGCCAAACAACUAAAAGACCAGCAAAUGGUCAUGGCCGGUCAUCGUGAAGGCUCCAUGUACAAAGAACUCAAGCGAAUCAUCCCAACUGCGGCUGCCUUCGGUGGGGCUACGAUCGGAGCUCUAUCUGUUUGUGCCGAUCUGAUGGGUGCCUUGGGUAGCGGAACCGGAAUCCUUUUAGCAGUCACCAUCAUUUACGGAUACUGGGAAAGUGCCAUCCGAGAAGGAAGUGGGAUCGACUCGGCUGUUGGAGACCUCAUCGGUUAA